CGACAUCAGCCCCUGGAUGAGUUCAGCACCAGCGUGGUGCUCACCAACCGGCCCCUCCGCGACGGGGAGAUGUUCGAGAUCCGCAUCGACAAACUGGUGGACAAAUGGUCGGGGUCCAUCGAGAUCGGGGUCACGGCCCACAACCCCAACAGCCUCGAGUACCCGGCCACCAUGACCAACCUGCGCUCAGGGACGAUCAUGAUGAGCGGCUGCGGGAUCCUGACCAACGGCAAAGGGACGCGCCGGGAGUACUGCGAGUUCAGCCUGGACGAGCUGCAGGAGGGCGACCACAUCGGGCUGACCCGAAAGGCCAACAACGCCCUGCACUUCUACAUCAACGGCGUGGACCAAGGCGUGGCCACCUCGCUGACGCCGCAGGUGGUCUAUGGCGUGGUGGACCUGUACGGCAUGGCCGUCAAGGUGACCAUCGUGCACAACCACAACCACAGCGACCGCCUGCGCCGCAACAACGCCAUCCUGCGCGCCCUGUCCCCCGAGGGCACCGCGGGGACACCGCGCCGGGCCACCGCCGCCACCGCCACCGCCGCCACCGCGGCCACCGCGGGCCCCCCCAGGCUGCUCUUCCACCCCAACUGCGGCCAGAAGGCGGCCGUGGUCAACGAGGGCCGGACGGCGCUGCGGCCACAUGCCACCGAUGACUUCAACCACGGCGUGGUGCUGAGCGCGCGGCCCCUCGGGGACAACGAGCUGUUCCAGGUGCGCCUGGACAAGAUGGUGGACAAGUGGGCGGGGUCCAUCGAGAUCGGCGUCACCACCCACAACCCCGCCUACCUGCAGCUGCCGUCCACCAUGACCAACCUGCGCUCAGGCACGUGGAUGAUGACCGGCAACGGCGUCAUGCACAACGGCACCACCGUGCUGGACGAGUACGGCCACAACCUGGACCGCCUCAAGGCGGGGGACACGGUGGGCGUGGUGCGCAGGGACGAUGGCACGCUGCACUUCUUCGUCAACGGCGUGGCGCAGGGCCCCGCCGCCUGGAACGUGCCGGCCAACGUCUACGCCGUGGUGGACCUGUACGGGCAGGCGGCACAGGCCACCAUCGUGGACGAGGGAGAGGUGUCAUCGCUGGUCGGGGACGGCUCGGAGGGUGACAGCGGCGGUGGCAGCCCCGAGGGCGCGUCCCCGGGCGCGUCCCCGAGCGACCUGCGCUUCCACCGGCUGCACGGCGCCAACGCCGUCAUCACCAACGGCGGGCGCACGGCGCUGCGCCAGAACUGCCGCUCCGAGUUCAACGACGCCAUCGUCAUCUCCAACCGGGCCCUGCGGGACGGGGAGCUGUUCGAGAUCGUCAUCCAGAAGAUGGUGGAUCGAUGGUCGGGGUCCAUCGAGGCCGGUGUCACCGCCAUCCGCCCCGAGGACCUCGAGUUCCCCAACACCAUGACGGACAUCGACUACGACACCUGGAUGCUCAGUGGCACUGCCAUCAUGCAGGACGGGAACACCAUGCGGAACAACUACGGCUGUGACCUGGACGCGCUGGGCACGGGGGCGCGGAUCGGCAUGAUGCGCACGGGGGGAGGGGACCUGCGCUACUUCAUCGAUGGCACCGACCAGGGCGUGGCCUGCUCGGGGCUGCCACCAGAGGUGUACGCCGUGGUGGAUCUCUACGGGCAGUGUGUCCAGGUGUCGCUGACCGGCGCCUCCGGCCCCGCCGACAACAGCCAGAGCCCGGGGGCGGGGCCGGACAAAGCCCCGCCCCCUUCGCCAGCGCCGGGGCCGUGCCAGCGCUUCCACGGGCGCUGCGGGCAGAACGUGGCGCUGGCGGCCGAGGGCCUGGGCGCGGCGCGCGUCUCCGGCUACUGCCACGGGCUCGUCUUCAGCCGCUCCCACCUGCGCCCCGGAGAGCUCUUCGAGGUGCGCAUCGAGGCCCUGGACGAGCGGUGGGCGGGGUCUCUGCGGGUGGGGCUGACGGCCCUGCCCCCCCCCGGCCCCCCCGCCCUGCCCCCCUCCCUGCUGGACCUGCCGGCCCCGCCCACCUGGGCCGUCACCGGGGCCGAGGUGCGGCACAACGGCGCCCAGGUGCGCCACAACUACGGCGUCAGCCUGGACAGACUGACGGUGGGGAACCGGCUGGGCGUGCGCCGCGGGCCGGACGAUUCUCUGCACCUGGUGGUGGACGGGCAGGACAUGGGACCCGCGGCCACGGGCGUGGCCAAGAACGCCUUCGUGGCCCUGGACCUGUACGGGCGCGUCACGGCCGUGUCCAUCGUCAGCGCGGGGGGCGGGGCCAGCGCGGGGGGCGGGGACGGCCCCUCCCCCAGCCCCAGCCCCUCCCCCAGCGGCCCCCCCACGUUCCUGUGCCACGGCAAGAACAUCCUGCUGUCCAACGGCGCGGCGCGCACGGCCACGCGCGUCAGCAGCUACAACCAGGGCCUGGUGCUGGUGGGGCAGCCCCUCCCCCCCGGCCGCCUCUUCCAGGUGCAGAUCGACGCCCUGAACCCGCAGUGGAGCUCCUCGCUGGCCCUGGGGGUCACCGGGGCCCCCCCCGGGCGCUCCCCCCCUGCCCGCCUGCGCCCACGGCCUCAAACGGCCGGCCUGGAUCCUGCAGAGGAGGGCCCGUGUUCCACAACGCCAGGAAGAUCCGGGAUCUGCCCGGGCCCUCCCUGGAGCUGCUCCCCCAUCCGGGAUCUGCCCGGGCCCUCCCUGGAGCUGCUCCCCCCCGGGUCGGUUUUGGGGCUCCUGGUGGACGGGGGGGGGCGGCUCCACCUCUUCAUCAACGGCCGCGACCAGGGCGCCGUGGCCGGGGGGGUGCCCAGCCCCUGCUACGUCCUGCUGGACCUCUACGGGCAGUGCCAGCAG